AUGGCAGCCAGCGGGAAGACCAGCAAGUCUGCAUCAAACCAUGUGAUCUUCAAGAAGAUUUCCCGGGACAAGUCGGUGACCAUCUACCUGGGGAAGAGAGACUAUAUAGACCAUGUUGAACAAGUAGAGCCUGUGGAUGGUAUCGUGUUGGUGGAUCCCGAGCUUGUGAAGGGAAAGAAAGUGUAUGUCUCUCUGACCUGCGCCUUCCGCUACGGCCAGGAAGACAUCGACGUGAUUGGCCUGAGCUUUCGCAGGGACCUAUACUUCUCUCAGGUCCAGGUGUUCCCACGCGUAGAGGCUGCAGGCGCCCCCACGAAGCUGCAGGAGAGCCUGAUGAAGAAGCUGGGGGGCAACACAUACCCCUUCCUGCUCACGUUCCCUGAUUACUUACCCUGCUCGGUGAUGCUGCAGCCAGCUCCGCAAGACAUGGGGAAGUGCUGUGGGGUCGACUUCGAGGUCAAGGCAUUCGCCAGAGACAGCACAGAGGAUGAAGAGGACAAAGUGCCCAAGAAGAGCUCCGUGCAUUUACUGAUCCGGAAAAUACAGCAUGCGCCAUCGAAGAUGGGUCCCCAGCCCCGAGCUGAGGCCGCCUGGCAGUUCUUCAUGUCCGACAAGCCCUUGCACCUGGCUGUCUCCCUCAGCAAAGAGAUCUAUUUCCACGGGGAGCCCAUUACUGUGACUGUGACUGUGACCAAUAACACAGAGAAGACAGUGAAGAAGAUUAAAGCAUUAGUGGAACAAGUGGCCAACGUGGUUCUCUACUCGAGUGAUUAUUAUACCAAGCCGGUGGCCCAGGAGGAAACACAAGAAAAAGUGCCACCGAACAGCACUCUGACCACGACACUGACGCUGGUGCCCUUGCUGGCCAACAACCGUGAAAGAAGGGGCAUCGCCCUGGAUGGGAAGAUUAAGCAUGAGGACACGAACCUUGCUUCGAGCACCAUAAUAAAGGAGGGCAUAGACCGGACUGUCCUGGGCAUCCUGGUGUCUUACCAUAUCAAGGUGAAACUCACAGUGUCAGGCUUUCUGGGAGAGCUCACCUCCAGUGAAGUGGCAACUGAGGUGCCUUUCCGCCUCAUGCACCCCCAGCCCGAGGACCCAGCUAUGGCAAAGGAAAGUUUUCAGGAUGAAAAUUUGGUUUUUGAGGAGUUUGCUCGCCAAAAUCUGAAAGACUUAGGAGAUGCUGAGGAGGGGAAGAAAGACCGGGAGGCCAUGGAUGAGUGAAGAGGUCGGUCGACCUGGACGCUGGGAAACAGUAGUUCAAGCAGGAUGAGCCAAACGCUACAGUUAGCCCUUUAGUUAGGCUAAAUACCAAAGUGUGAGUCUUCUUCAUAGAAAUAAAGUUUGUUCGGCUGUGAUCUGA